AUGGCGAGAAUCAAGGUACACGAGUUGAGGCAGAAAACAAAGGCUGAGCUUUUGAACCAGCUCAAGGAUCUCAAGGCAGAGCUUGCCCUUCUUCGCGUGGCCAAGGUCACUGGUGGAGCACCCAACAAGCUCUCCAAGAUCAAGGUCGUCAGGCUAUCGAUUGCCCAAGUGUUGACUGUGAUAUCACAGAAGCAAAAGUCUGCCCUGAGAGAAGUGUACAAGAACAAGAAGUUCUUGCCUCUUGAUCUGCGUCCCAAGAAGACCAGAGCUAUCCGCCGAAGGCUCACCAAGCACCAGGCAUCUUUGAAGACCGAGAGGGAGAAGAAGAAGGAAAUGUAUUAUCCCUUGAGGAAGUUUGGGAGGCAUGUCUUGCCCAAAUCAACUUAA